AUGAAGAUCAAAUGGAUACCAGAAUCUGUUCAAUCCAAUUGCGGUAAAUGUUCCGACCAUCAGAAGCAUCUCGUCGGAAAGGUUAUGAAAGCCUCCAUGGACAAACUUCCAGAAGAAUGGAAAAAACUGAACGCCCUCCACAAUCCAGACGGAAAAUACGACGAAGGCGUGAAAAAUUUCGUGAAGAAAUAUGGGCAAUAA